AUGAACAAACUAACAAACUUUUUCCUCGUUCUCGUUCUCCUCAUUGUCCAAAGUUUGAUCGUGGGAGUAGUUUAUGCACAAACUACUACGCCGCCUCCUCCUCCUAUGCAAAUUACCACCCAAACUACAACAACUGAUACUACUACGAGUACUACAAUUCCAUUUCUCUCGGUCACUACUACUACUGGGACAACAGUUACAAAUGCCGUCAUCUCUAACUCCGUCGCAUCUACUGCUACUGCCACUUCUACUCGUACCUCAUCAAGCGGACAAUCAUCAAGCGGAACAUCAAGCGGAGGAACAUCAUCUCAAACAAGUUCAAGCUCCGCGAAUUCAAUCCGAUAUGAUAAUGAGUUUAUGGGAAUUGGCGCUGCAUUGGCAAUUUUCUAUAUGUUUUCUUAA